CCGUACUCCGCCGCCUUCUCGCCCGGCGCUUUCCGUCCCCACAUAGUAUGAGUACAAAGUGAUCAAACAACCUGGAAGGACACUGAAACCAAUGCUUAAUGGAGGCAAGCACAGGUGAGGAUGCGCCAGCGACGUCUCCAAAAGCACUUUCUCAACAUGAGCCUCAUGGAGUACAGCUCACAUACAACUCGGUUCGGCCUCCCCAGCUCACGUUCGGAUAUAUAUGUUUUCCAGGGAAACCACGAAACAAUUUGUUACUUGUGUGCAACCGGCACUACAUUGCAGCAAUAUAAUCGUUCAGGUUGAGCAUGGUGCCAUGCCAAGUUGACAAGAAAUAUUCUCCUCGAAUUUGGAUGUCGACCGCACGGAUGUUGUACAUAAGCUCUGCCGAACUACGGCAUUCUGGCUCCUUCCCGUGUUUGGAUCCUCCAAUCCUUCUCUCGUGCAGAACGUUGACAAUUAUAGGAAAACCGCCGAAAUCUUCUCACUCCCAUAAAGAAUACAAGAAAAAAAAAGCAGAGUUGACAUGGCUUAAAGCACUGUGUUUAGGUCACGUUGAGAGAAAGCGGCAAGGGAGAGCCCGGUCAAGUGACCGCCGCAGCCCUCACCUCACCAGCAUUAGGGGCAUGCGUGGAAGAGAUUCAGACCUCAACAAGGAGCAACAAGAGUAUCAAUUUCCAUGCACAGAACGCCACCGCGAGAAUAAAUGGAUGUGGAAUGAAUCUACCCCGCCCCUGCAGAUUGCAUUGCGUGCUGGACCGAUAAGAGUGCAAAUUGGACCGAUAAACAAAUAGAUUGCCAGUUAUCUAGACGUGCCGAACCACCGCCCUAACGCUCACCCACCCCCUCUUUCU